AUGGGCAGCAGGAUCUGGUGCUGGGCUCUGGUCUGGGCCUCUGUGGCUUUGCUCAAGGUGUGGCCAGCAGAGAUCCAGGGCCAGGUACAGCAGAGCUUGGAAUACCCAGAAUUCACCGGAGAUGGUCAGAAAGCAUAUAAUGCUCCCACGUCCUCAUCCACCCAGCAUGUCACCUUCAUCCCACCUAUCACUGUCUUCCCCAGCAUGAGCCCCUUAAACGUGGUACACAACGGAAGAGUGUGCAGCACCUGGGGUGACUUCCACUAUAAGACAUUCGACGGUGACAUGUUCCGCUUCCCUGGUCUCUGUAACUAUGUCUUCUCUUCACACUGUGGGGCCACCUAUGAGGACUUCAACAUCCAGCUGCGUCGUGGUCUUGAGGGUUCCAGGCCCAUGGUCACCCAUGUGGUCCUCAGGACCCAGGGGCUGGUGAUUGAGCUGUCCAAUGGCUCUGUCCUGGUGGACGGACGGUGGGUGGAGCUACCCUACAGCCGUGCAGGUCUUCUGAUGGAGAAGAGCAGUGGUUAUGUGAAGGUCAGCAUCCGGCUGGUCCUCACCUUCCUGUGGAAUGAAGACAGUGCCCUGCUGGAGCUGGACUCCAAAUAUACCAACCAGACGUGUGGGCUGUGCGGUGACUUCAACGGGCGCCCAGCUGUCAAUGAGUUCUACGCCCACAACACCAGGUUGACCCCUGUGCAGUUUGGAAACCUGCAGAAGCUGGAUGGUCCUACAGAGCAGUGCCAGGAUACUUUGCCCUCAGCUGUCAACAACUGCACAGAUAGGGAGGACAUCUGUCGCCACGUCCUGCUUGGCCCUGCCUUUGCCGAGUGCAAUGCCCUGGUAGAUGUCAACAUGUACUUGGAUGCCUGUGUCCAGGACCUAUGCCUCUGCCCCACAUGCCCAUGUGCCACUUUUGCUGAAUAUUCCCGCCAGUGCGCCCAUGCAGGGGGCCAUCCACAGAACUGGAGGAGUUCUGAUCUGUGCAACCGGACAUGCCCUUUUAACAUGGAACACCAGGAGUGCAGCUCACCCUGUGUGGAUACCUGCUCUAACCCCCAACGCUCCCAGCUCUGCGAGGACCACUGCAUGGAUGGCUGCUUCUGUCCCCCAGGCACUGUGCUGGAUGACAUCAGACACUCGGGCUGUGUGCCCCUGGAGCAGUGCCACUGCACCCAUGGUGGUCACACUUACGCCCCUGGAGAGUCCUUCAACACCAGCUGCAGCUCUUGCACCUGCUUCGGGGGAUUGUGGCAGUGCCAGGACUUGCUGUGCCCCGCCACCUGCUCUGUGCAAGGCGGGUCCCACAUCUUCACCUAUGACGAGAAACUCUACAAUGUGCAUGGGGACUGCAGCUACAUCUUGUCCAAGAAAUGCGCAGAUAGCAGCUUCACUGUGCUGGUCGAUCUGCGGAAGUGUGGGGUGACAGACACUGAGAACUGCCUCAAAGCAGUCACACUCAACCUCAACAGUGGGGACAUGGUCAUCCGGAUCCAGGCCAAUGGUGCCGUGUUCCUGAACUCCAUCUUUACUCAGCUGCCCCUAUCAGCAGCCAAUGUUACCAUCUUCAGUCCGUCAUCCUUCUUCGUCAUGGUGCACACAGGCAUGGGGCUACAGUUGCAAGUGCAACUGGUGCCCAUCAUGCAGGCGUUUGUCAGCCUGGACCCUUCCUACCACGGCCAGAUGUGUGGCCUGUGUGGGAACUUCAACCAGAACCAGGCCGAUGACUUCACAGCCCUCAGUGGGGUGGUGGAGGGCACAGGAGCUGCCUUCUCCAAUACCUGGAAGACUCAAGUCUCCUGCCCCAACGCCAAGAACAUCUUUGAGGACCCCUGCUCGUAUAGCAUGGAGGCUGAGAACUAUGCCCAGGAGUGGUGCUCCAUGCUCACUGAAAGCUCAGGCGUCUUCUCAGCCUGCCAUGCCACCGUCAGCCCAGUGCCCUUCUACUCGAACUGCAUGUUUGACACUUGCAACUGUGAGAGGAGCGAGGACUGCUUGUGUGCGGCCCUGUCCUCCUACGUGCAUGCCUGUGCCGCCAAAGGCGUGCUGCUCAGUGGCUGGAGAGACGGCAUCUGCUCCAAGUACAUGAACAACUGCCCCCAAACCAAGAGCUACUCCUAUGCUGUGAGUACUUGUGAGCCUACCUGCCGCUCUCUGAGUGAGGCUGACGUCACCUGUGGCAUCUCCUUUGUGCCUGUGGAUGGCUGCAUCUGUCCUGAAGGCACCUUCCUGGAUGACAAGGGUCACUGUGUGCCUGAUGAGGAGUGCCCCUGUUUCUUCCAUGGAACUGUGGUGGCUCCUAGAGAGUUUGUUACGGACAAUGGUGUAGUGUGCUCGUGUGAAAAUGGGAAGUUGACCUGUCUUGGAGCCCUGAUGCAGAGGAGCACAGAGUGCCAGGCGCCUAUGGUAUAUCUAGACUGUAACAAUGCCUCAGUGGGUGACCAAGGGGCUGAGUGCCUCAGAAGCUGCCACACACUGGAUGUGGACUGUUUCAGCACACACUGUGUCUCGGGCUGUGUAUGUCCCUCAGGGCUGGUAGCAGAUGGGAAUGGGGGCUGCAUUGCUGAGGAGGACUGCCCCUGCGUGCACAAUGAGGCCACCUAUAGACCUGGGGAGAUCAUCCGGGUAGACUGCAAUAACUGUACCUGCAGGAACCGCCGGUGGGAGUGUACAGAUCAGCCCUGUAUGGGUGCAUGUGUGGCCUAUGGGGAUGGCCAUUUUGUCACCUUUGAUGGGGAACGUUACAUCUUUGAAGGCAGCUGCGAGUAUACCUUAACUCAGGACUACUGCAGAGGCAAUGCCAGUACUGAUGGCACCUUCCGUAUUGUCACUGAGAAUGUCCCUUGUGGGACCACAGGAACCACCUGCUCCAAGGCCAUCAAAAUCUUUGUGGAGAGCUAUGAGCUGAUUCUUCAUGAGGGGAACUUCAAAGUGGUAGAGAGAGGGCCGAGUGGGGAGCUUCCAUACAAGAUCAGAUACAUGGGUAUCUUUCUCGUCAUUGAGAUCCGCAGUGGGAUAGUCGUGUCCUGGGACAAGAAGACCAGUGUGUUUGUCCGACUGCAGCAGCAUUACAAGGGAAGGGUCUGUGGCCUGUGUGGGAACUUCGAUGACAAUGCCAUCAAUGACUUCACCACACGCAGCCAGUCUGUGGUGGGCGAUGUGCUGGAGUUUGGAAAUAGCUGGAAGUUCUCCCCAUCUUGCCCAGAUGCCCCAGUUCCCAAGGACCCCUGCACUGCCAACCCUUACCGCAAGUCCUGGGCCCAGAAGAAGUGCAGCAUCAUUAACAGUGCGACCUUUGCUGCCUGCCACUCCCAGGUUGACUCUACCAAAUACUAUGAAGCCUGUGUGCAUGAUGUGUGUGCCUGCGACUCAGGGGGUGACUGUGAGUGUUUCUGCACUGCUGUAGCUGCCUAUGCCCAGGCCUGCCGUGAUAUGGGUGUGUGCUUGUCCUGGAGAACACCAGACAUCUGCCCUCUUUUCUGUGACUACUACAACCCUCAUGGGGAGUGUGAGUGGCAUUACCAGCCCUGUGGAGCGCCCUGUCUGAAGACCUGUCGAAACCCUGCUGGACACUGCCUUGUUGAACUGCCAGGCCUGGAAGGCUGCUACCCACAGUGCCCACCCAGCCAUCCCUUCUUCAAUGAGGACCAGAUGAAGUGUGUGGCCCAGUGUGGAUGCUAUGAUGAUGAUGAAAACUACCAUGACAUUGGCACAGAAGUCCCUACAGCUGAGAACUGCCAGAGUUGUCUCUGCACCCCUGGUGGCCUCCGCUGUGUUCACAACCUUACAGCCUGCACAUGCACCUAUGAGGGCCGUACCUACCACUUCAAUGAUGUUGUCUACAACACCACGGAUGGCCUUGGUGCAUGCUUAGUGGCCAUCUGCAAAGACAAUGGGACUAUAAUACGAACAGCUGAAGAGUGCCCUGAAGUCUUGUCUACCACACCAUUCACAUUCACCAGUACCUUGGCACCCAGUGCCACAACAGGCUCAGCUUCCACUGUGUCCACUGUGUCCACUGUGUGUGUCCGUGAGGUCUGCCACUGGUCCAUUUGGUAUGAUCAGAGCAAUCCAGAGCCUGGCAUGGCAGGUGGGGACUUUGAAACAUUUAAGAACCUGAGGCGCAAAGGGUACCAGGUGUGUCAAACCCCUGCUGCCAUUGAGUGCCGUGCAGAGAAGUUCCCCAGCAUGGACUUACAGGAGCUGGGUCAGAAAGUGGACUGUGACCCUUCCUGGGGGCUGAAAUGCCUCAACAGUGAGCAGAGCCCCCCACUCUGCUACAACUAUGAGCUGAGGGUUCUGUGUUGUGAAUAUAUACCCUGUAGUCCCCCCCUGACCUCAGGCGGAAGUACCACUCACUCCCAGCCUGAGACCGUCACCUCAAAAAGAACAACUUCACAAUCUACUAUAUUCAGACACUCAGUCAGCAGCCUCCCCAUAACCAGCCCUACAUGGACUACAAUAGUGAAAGAGACCCCCUUGCACACAACGCUUAGUUCCCAGCCAACAUUAGAAUCCACAUCUUCACAAUCCACUAUGUUCACACACUCAGUCAUCAGCCUCCCCAUAACCAGCCCUACAUGGACUACAAUAGUGAAAGAGACCCCCUUGCACACAAUGCUUAGUUCCCAGCCAACAUCAGUAUUCACCUCACAGACAGGGUCCACUUUAAAAGCCAGUGUGGCCACACACUCAGUCAGCAGCCCCGGGACCUCCACCACCUGCCAACCUCGAUGUCAGUGGACAAAGUGGUUUGAUACAGACUACCCCACAUCUGACAAAGACGGGGGAGACAUUGAGACACUUCACAGGAUCAGAGCCACUGGGGCAGAUAUCUGUGAACAGCCUCAGGCCAUCCAGUGUGUGGCCCAGAACUACCCUGAUAUCAGUCUGCACCUGUUGAAUCAGGAAGUGAAGUGUGAUGUCAGCUUUGGUCUAGUGUGUCUUAACAGGGACCAGCAACAUGAAUUUGGGAUGUGCUUCAACUACAUGGUUCGUGUGCUGUGUUGUGAUGAUUACAGCCACUGCCAGGGACCUACCACCACCACAGGUUCUCCCCCUACACCAGGAACUGCCACCACUGCCCCUCAGACCCUGUCCUCCAAGCCUUACCCCAGCACUAGUCCAGUUGAGACCUGGUCUCCCUCAGGCUCCACCACCAUCCAUGCCACAGAGACGUCCACCCUUGGGAUUCUGGAUAAAAGUGUGUCAUCCCCACCCAGCUCUCCUCUGACAGUCACCUCAAAGACAACUCAGCCUCCCAAGAGCCCAGAAUCCUCUGGCAUUGUCAGCAGCCCUGGGACCUCCACCACCUGCCAACCCCGAUGUCAGUGGACAAAGUGGUUUGAUACAGACUACCCCACAUCUGACAAAGACGGGGGAGACAUUGAGACAUUUGACAGGAUCAGAGCCACUGGGGCAGAUAUCUGUGAACAGCCUCAGGACAUCCAGUGUGUGGCCCAGAACUACCCUGAUAUCAGUCUGGACCUGUUGGAUCAGGAAGUGAAGUGUGAUGUCAGCUUUGGUCUGGUGUGUCACAACAGGGACCAGCAACAUGAAUUUGGGAUGUGCCUCAACUACAUGGUCCGUGUGCUGUGUUGUGAUGAUUACAGACACUGCCAGGGACCUACCACUACUGCAGGAUCUCCCCCUACACCAAGAACUGCCACUACUGCCACUUCCGGGUCAGUCACACAUACUUCCUGGCCUGUGUCCAAUUUGCCCACCAGCACCACAAAGUCUAUUUCUUCCCCCAGAAAAACCACAGGCCUCACCAUGGCUUCUUCCACAGCCACACCCAGGGAGAUUCAAACCUCGUCCCGGCUAACCACUGGUCUCUCCUCAGCCCUUACAACCGGGAGGACAUCUUCUACAGGCUGUAAGUUUCAAUGCACCUGGACAGAUUGGCUGGACAGUGACCAACCCCAACCUGGUCAGUUUGGGGGAGACAUUGAGACCUACUAUCAUAUUAGAAACAAAACAGGUAUCCAGAUAUGCGAGAAACCUGUGGACAUUGAAUGUGAAGCCAUCCUCUUCCCCAACAUGUCCUUUCAGCAGCUAGGCCAGGAGGUGGUUUGUAAUGUGGACUUUGGACUCAUCUGCAGGAACAGCAAACAGGCCAACAACCAAACCUGUUUCAACUACCAUAUUCGUGUGCUCUGCUGUGAGGAAGACAUUAGCUGUUUCAGCACGACGGGAUCACUCUCUACCACCUCCAGCCAAGUCAGCAGGCCAUCCUCCUCUACCUCCCUGACCUCACCUGGACCAUCCUAUUCUCCUCCUGGAAGCACCACCAUGAGCUCAGCCACAGCUGCCUCCACCACCAAAGCUACCACCUCCUUAAAGACUGAACAGGGCACGAUGACCAACACUAUCCACACAGGAUCUGCACCUUCCACACACUCAGUCAGCAGCCCCGGGACCUCCACCACCUGCCAACCCCGAUGUCAGUGGACAAAGUGGUUUGAUACAGACUACCCCACAUCUGACCAAGACGGGGGAGACAUUGAGACAUUUCACAGGAUCAGAGCCACUGGAGCAGAUAUCUGUGAACAGCCUCAGGACAUCCAGUGUGUGGCCCAGAACUACCCUGAUAUCAGUCUGGACCUGUUGGAUCAGAAAGUGAAGUGUGAUGUCAGCUUUGGUCUGGUGUGUCACAACAGGGACCAGCAACAUGAAUUUGGGAUGUGCCUCAACUACAUGGUCCGUGUGCUGUGUUGUGAUGAUUACAGCCACUGCCAGGGACCUACCACCACCACAGGAUCUCCCCCUACACCAGGAACUGCCACCACUGCCCCUCAGACCCUGUCCUCCAUUCCUCAGCCCAGUACUACUCUGACUGUGACCAGGACUCACUCGGCUCCCACCACAGUAGCAACCAGCCUCCUAACAACUCUCCCAGGCUCUAGCCGCACAGCCUCUGUUACAUCCUCCAGCAGUAGUCCUCCACAUGUUUCUAAUACCAAGGAAACCAGCAUCCCAGGAAAGGUCUCCUCUGUCCAUACCACAGCCAGCAUCCUGACUACAACAUUACAGUCUUCAACUCCUGCCUCGACAACAAAACAAACCCCCUCAACUAAAAUCUGGACAACAAUGCUUACUGGUACAGCUGGCACUGUCCCCUCCAAACCCCCGCCCACUACAGGCAUAAAAGAGCUGUCUCCCAGUCCACCAAUGACACAGACACUAACACUCCCUGUGACUAAUGCCACCACCAGCCAGGGCACAACCCACUGCCAGCCCAGGUGUAAGUGGACCGAAUGGUUUGAUGUGGACUCACCAACCUCAGGAGUAAUAAGAGGGGACAUGGAGACCUAUGAGAACAUCAGAGCUUCUGGUAAGAAGAUAUGCCAGACACCAGAGAAGAUUGAGUGUCAGGCAGAGAACUACCCUGCAGUGAGCAUUGAUAAGAUUGGCCAAGUAGUAAGCUGCAGCCUGGAGACAGGACUGGUCUGUAAAAAUGAGGACCAGACAGAUGAUUUCAAAAUGUGUUUCAACUAUAAUAUACGUGUGCUUUGCUGUGAUGACUAUAACCACUGCCCUACCACAACUGCUGUAGCACCUACAUCCACCCUGAACAGCCCUACAGUCAGCAGUGAGGUCUCCACCAUGGCCACCAGUUCAUCAACAGGACAAGGACACUCCACCACAGCUACCACCUCCUUAAAGACUGAACAGGGCACGAUGACCAACACUAUCCACACAGGAUCUGCACCUUCCACACACUCAGUCAGCAGCCCCGGGACCUCCACCACCUGCCAACCCCGAUGUCAGUGGACAAAGUGGUUUGAUACAGACUACCCCACAUCUGACCAAGACGGGGGAGACAUUGAGACAUUUCACAGGAUCAGAGCCACUGGAGCAGAUAUCUGUGAACAGCCUCAGGACAUCCAGUGUGUGGCCCAGAACUACCCUGAUAUCAGUCUGGACCUGUUGGAUCAGAAAGUGAAGUGUGAUGUCAGCUUUGGUCUGGUGUGUCACAACAGGGACCAGCAACAUGAAUUUGGGAUGUGCUUCAACUACAUGGUCCGUGUGCUGUGUUGUGAUGAUUACAGCCACUGCCAGGGACCUACCACCACUGCAGGUUCUCCCCCUACACCAGGAACUGCCACCACUGCCCCUCAGACCCUGUCCUCCAAGCCUUACCCCAGCACUAGUCCAGCUGAGACCUGGUCUCCCUCAGGCUCCACCACCAUCCAUGCCACAGAGACGUCCACCCUUGGGAUUCUGGAUAAAAGUGUGUCAUCCCCACCCAGCUCUCCUCUGACAGUCACCUCAAAGACAACUCAGCCUCCCAAGAGCCCAGAAUCCUCUGGCAUUGUCAGCAGCCCCGGGACCUCCACCACCUGCCAACCCCGAUGUCAGUGGACAAAGUGGUUUGAUACAGACUACCCCACAUCUGACAAAGACGGGGGAGACAUUGAGACAUUUCACAGGAUCAGAGCCACUGGAGCAGAUAUCUGUGAACAGCCUCAGGACAUCCAGUGUGUGGCCCAGAACUACCCUGAUAUCAGUCUGGACCUGUUGGAUCAGGAAGUGAAGUGUGAUGUCAGCUUUGGUCUGGUGUGUCACAACAGGGACCAGCAACAUGAAUUUGGGAUGUGCCUCAACUACAUGGUCCGUGUGCUGUGUUGUGAUGAUUACAGCCACUGCCAGGGACCUACCACCACCACAGGAUCUCCCCCUACACCAGGAACUGCCACCACUGCCCCUCAGACCCUGUCCUCCAUUCCUCAGCCCAGUACUACUCUGACUGUGACCAGGACUCACUCGGCUCCCACCACAGUAGCAACCAGCCUCCUAACAACUCUCCCAGGCUCUAGCCGCACAGAAACCAGCAUCCCAGGAAAGGUCUCCUCUGUCCAUACCACAGCCAGCAUCCUGACUACAACAUUACAGUCUUCAACUCCUGCCUCGACAACAAAACAAACCCCCUCAACUAAAAUCUGGACAACAAUGCUUACUGGUACAGCUGGCACUGUCCCCUCCAAACCCCCGCCCACUACAGGCAUAAAAGAGCUGUCUCCCAGUCCACCAAUGACACAGACACUAACACUCCCUGUGACUAAUGCCACCACCAGCCAGGGCACAACCCACUGCCAGCCCAGGUGUAAGUGGACCGAAUGGUUUGAUGUGGACUCACCAACCUCAGGAGUAAUAAGAGGGGACAUGGAGACCUAUGAGAACAUCAGAGCUUCUGGUAAGAAGAUAUGCCAGACACCAGAGAAGAUUGAGUGUCAGGCAGAGAACUACCCUGCAGUGAGCAUUGAUAAGAUUGGCCAAGUAGUAAGCUGCAGCCUGGAGACAGGACUGGUCUGUAAAAAUGAGGACCAGACAGAUGAUUUCAAAAUGUGUUUCAACUAUAAUAUACGUGUGCUUUGCUGUGAUGACUAUAACCACUGCCCUACCACAACUGCUUCAACUCUGCCCUGGUCUACCCACACUCCCCUGGUCCCUUUCACAACCACAUCAAGCACUGAGUCCACCUUUCAAACCAAGCAUCCCUUCAGCUCCCCCGUGCCAAGUACUCAAGCAUCCACAUGGACCACAUAUCCUGACUCAGGCUGUGUACCUCAGUGCACAUGGACAGAAUGGUUUGAUGCAGACUUCCCUAACCCUGGCCCCAGAGGCGGGGACUUUGAGGUCUAUGCAGUGUUACGUGAAGUUGGCUUUGUCUUCUGUGAGCAGCCCAAGGACAUCCAGUGCCGCUCUGAGAAAGAGCCAGACAGGCCCCUAGAAACUCUAGAGCAGGUGGUCCAGUGUGAUGUGCGAUUUGGGCUGAUCUGCAAGAAUAUCAACCAAACAGGACCUUUGCAAUACUGUGACAACUAUCAUGUGCGCUUCCUCUGCUGUGACAAUAUCAGCCACUGCACCACCUCACCUAUGGCCACCCUCUCCACUGUUCCUUCUCCCUCUCCCCUGCUGUCCACUCACGCUUCCCCAACCUCGAAUACUAUGACUUCUUCACCUCUGGUCACUAGCUCUACUCACACCUCUCCAGUUUUGACCACCGAGACUUCAUCUGUAGCCACGGGCCCCACUGUGGCCCCCUCCUCUACUUCCAAGGCCACUCAACCCCCUGAAGUUUCCCCCAGCAGCCAGGUGACCUUCAGCAUGUCUACUGCUUCUCCCUUGGGCCCUAGUACCCUCAGGCCUACUGUCCUUUCCAGCCGACCAUUUUCCCCAUCACCCUGUUUCUGCCAGGCAUUUGGACAGCUGUUCUUACCUGGAGAGGUCAUCUACAAUAAGACUGAUGGAGCUGGCUGCCAAUUGUAUGCCACCUGCAACAAGUACUGUGAUGUUGACCGAUUCCAGGGUGCCUGCCCCUCCUCUUCACCUCCAGUGCCCUCUACCUCUGCCCCUCCCCCAGUUCCUGGCUGUGAUGACACCACUCCUCCCCGGCAGGUGAAUGAGUCGUGGACCCUGGAGAAUUGCACAGUGGCCAGGUGCCAGGGUCACAACAAAAUCACCCUCCUAGAGCCGGAGCCUGUGGACAAUGUCACCUGUGCCAACAAGCACUCGCCCAUCCAAGUGUGGGACCAGGAGCCUUGCCAUUUCCACUAUGAGUGUGAAUGCUUCUGCAGUGGAUGGGGGCGCUCACACUACCUGACAUUCGAUGGCACCUCCUAUACUUUCCUGGACAACUGUACCUCAGUGCUCAUGAGAGAGAUUCUCCCUCGCCAUGGCAACCUGAGCAUCCUUGCUCACAGCUACUACUGUGGGGCUACCACCAAUGCCACUUUCUGUCCCCGAGCCCUCAGUGUGUACUACAACUCCAUGGAGAUUGUCCUCACCACCACCACCACUGCCAGUGGGAAGGAGGAGGGCCUGAUCAUAUGGGACCAAAUGUGGAUAAGCUCAGGUUUCAGUAAGAAUGGUGUGACAGUGUCCUUGAGCGGCAUCACCACAAUGAGUGUCAACAUUUCCACCAUUGGCACCAGCAUCACCUUUGAUGGGCACAUCUUCCAGAUAUGGUUACCCUACAGACACUUCAGCAACAAUACUGAGGGCCAAUGUGGAACCUGCACAAACAGCCAGACAGAUGACUGCCGUCAGCCAGAUGGCACCAUAGCUUCCAACUGCCAGGACAUGGCCAAAUACUGGCUGGUGCCUGGAAACGGCAACAAUGGCUGCUUAGCUCAGCCCAGCCCUCCCCCAAGCACUACUCCCCAGCCCUCAGUGUCCAGCACACCCACCUCUACCCCAUGCCCCACUGUACCCCUCUGUGAGCUGAUGCUGAGCCAGGUCUUCGCCGAGUGCCACAUGCUCAUCCCUCCAGACACUUUCUUCAGUUCUUGUGUCAAUGACUACUGCAAUACCAAUGUUACUGACAUGCCCUGUCAAAGCCUGGAGGCCUAUGCCACACUCUGCCGGGCCCGGGGUGUGUGCACCAACUGGCGUAAUGCCACUGGAGGGCUUUGUGACCUUUCCUGUCCACCCACUAAGGAAUACAGGCCUUGUGGACCUCUGCAUCCUGUAUCCUGCAGCUCCAGAACCCUCAACAUUUCAACUGAGAUGCUGGCAGAGGGCUGCUUCUGCCCUGAGAAUCAGCUCCUCUUCAACUCACGCAUGGACAUCUGUGUGCUGGAAUGUCCCUGCGUGGGACCUGAUGGGCUACCCAAGUUUCCGGGAGAACACUGGAUCAGCAACUGCCAGUCCUGUGUGUGCGACCCCAGCUCUGUGUCAGUACAGUGUGAGCCAGUGCAGUGUGAGAUCCAGGAGCAGCCACAGUGCACAAAAGAAGGCUUCGUGCCUGUGACCAGGCCCAAACCUGACAAUCUAUGCUGCCCUGAGACAGUCUGUGUCUGCAAUACAACCACCUGCCCCAAGAGUCAGACCAAGUGCAAGCCAGGAUACAAGCUGAUCCUUACCUACAAGGAGGGCAGCUGCUGCCCCAGCUCCAGCUGUAUACCUAUGAUGUGCACAUACAAUGGCACCCUCUAUGGGGUUGGGGCAAACUUCCCAGGGAAUGAUCCUUGCCAAACAUGCACCUGCUUCUCUAUGGGCCAUCAAGAACCCAAAGUAGAGUGCAGAGAGAUCCUUUGUACCACCUCCUGCCCCCAGGGCUUCAAGUACAGGCUGGUGCCAAAGCAGUGCUGUGGGGAGUGUGUACAGAAUGCUUGCUUCACACCAGAUGACCAGGCAAUCCAGCCAAAUGAAACCUGGGUGAACAGUCAUGUGGACAAUUGCACUGUGUACCGCUGUCAGGCUGAGAAUGGAAUCCAUAUACUGACUCCAAUGCCCCCAGACUGCCCAGAUGUGUCCAACUGUAUGGGAACCCUAAGGAAAUCAGGUUGCUGUUAUUCCUGUGAACAAAAGAACUCAAGUACAUGUCAAGUGCACAAACACAAAACCAUCCUGCGGUAUGAGGACUGCGAAACAGACGUGGCAGUCAACAUUCCGUUCUGCGAGGGGCCCUGCUCUGCAAUAUCCAAGUACUCCAUGGAGGCUCAGGCCAUGAAGCAUCGGUGCACCUGCUGUCAGAAGAGCAAGGCCCAUGAUGUAGCUGUGACCAUGCAGUGUCCCAAUGGUACUGUCAUCCAACACACCUAUACCCACAUUGAUGAGUGCAGCUGUGCCAUGGCCUGCAGCUCCCUGCCCAUGACUUCCACGAGCACUCCCUAG